AUGCGGGUGCUCUCAACCUCAACCUUCUUUGAGCAGAAGUGGCUGGUUACUCGAGUAGAUGCCACGGCUGUUUGUCCAACACCAGGGGCAGUGGCCUUUACUCCAGAAGUGAUCACCUGGUACAUGCCCAAGCACAUAGACCCACUUUUCUCCUCUGAUGCCUUCACCAUGUUGGAGGUGUACAUGGGAAUUGACGCUAAGAGGAUGGACACUGAGGAAAUGGCUGCCAGAAACUACUCGGUUUUAGUCACAGAGGCUCAUAUUAUUGUUGAAAUUCCGGUGGGGGCGGUUGGCGGCUAUUUCAAGAGCCAUAUUCAGGAUGACCAGUACUUUGUCACUUACUCCAUUGAGCCCAUGCUUGAGUUGCUGUGGAUCGAGGAGGUCGCACACGAGGACACCAGCUACAAAGUCCUCUUCCCUAUCACAACACCUCCGAUGGCCAGGCCUCCACAAGUUCGCAACUACACGCCCUUAGACACAGUUCCUGAGCAGGCAGUGUUUGUGCUUGAGUUGGGGACCUUCAACCUUGAUGUGGAGCUGCUGAACAUCACCUUUCCCACCAUGGUGCUAACUGUUGCAGAGUGCAACGCCAGAGGCUUCAAUGUUCAGGAGCAGAGAUCCCUGGACAACACCUUGAAGAGCUUCAGGAUGGAGGUGCCCUUCUCAGACCCGGUGGUCUUUAAGGAGAGAAGGGCGGAACAAGGUGUCACAACCUUCACUCUUCAGCUGAUCUACGGCCUGGUCGUCUUUCCAGAGUACGCUCCUUUCUCUCACUCUGCCGUUGUGGACGCUGUACUGCUGGACAUUGUGCCACCCUCAGUCACUGGCAACUGUGAUCAGGAGAACUUUCACAUCACUGUGGACUACAGGAACCAAGAUCCCUUUUUCGUGGUCUUGGUUGGCAAGCGGCUGCUUAACCAUGAGCUUGCGCAACAGUAUUUGACAGAGGGCGACGCAGACUUCACCAUCACGUUGCCCUUCUCUUCGCCGGAUGCAGUGUUUGAGUCGGUUCACCCGUCCUCUGUCAGGAGCAGACUGGAUGUGGCUCUGUUGAAUCCUUACAACAACAUGACCAUCAAAUACUUUUCCCUGGCUUGCAGCUUCCUCAAAACGCUGACUGAGUGUUUCUCUAAUGGAACGAUGACUGCGCUGGCGGUCAAGGUGGAGUCUGCUCCCAGUCUGAACCCCGGUCAGCUGACCCUGAGCGACCCCGCCUGUGGUCCCACCUACAGCGACGAUCGCUUCGCCUACUUCCACUUCACUGUCAACUCCUGUGGCACCACCAGGAAGUUUAUCAACAAUGUCAUGCUGUAUGAGAACGAAAUCUCCUUGCCAGAUGAACUUGAGGUGAAGCUGAAUGGCACGACGUCUUCAGAGGAGGAAUAUCAGUUAAAGGUUUCCUGCUACUAUGUGGUCAACAUCACUCGCACAUUGGCCUUCCUCACCAGGCCGCGUGACAACGAGCAUUUUGCCGAGAUUGUGACAGGUCGACAAAUUGUCAGAAUGAGACUCGCUCAGGACGCCUCGUAUAACACGUUCCACCAGGAGGAGGACUAUCCAGUGGUGAGGUACCUGAGACAGCCUCUGCACUUUGAGGUGGAGCUGACCAGGUCCUCUGACCCCAAGGUAGCGCUGGUGCUUGACCACUGCUGGGCCACCCCCAAUGAGGACCGUGACUCCCGACCCCGGUGGAAUCUCAUCAUUAAUGGUUGUGAGAACCCGGAGGAUCCGUACCGUGUGGUCUUCCACCCGGUGGUAGCUGACGCCAGGGUCCACUUCCCCCCUCACGUCAAACGCUUUGAGGUCUAUAUGUUUUCCUUCGUCGAGGAUGCGGUUGAGCCGAGUGGCCAGGUCUUUGUCCAUUGUGAUGUGGUCAUCUGUGACGCCAGUAGUCCCUCUGGCGGCCCCUGUAGUGGACAAUGUGUGAAUCAGGACAACUUGAAAAGAG